AUGUCCACGCCUGCGCCCGCGGUCGAACCCCGCGCCACCGCCCUCAAGAAGGUCGUUCACAAGAGUACCGACUUUUGGCUCGAUGACCGCGACGUCGUGCUCUACACCGUCCAGCAAAUCGACGACGAUACCGAGGUCUACACCAUGUACGGCGUGCGGAAGAGCACGCUCAGCAUGGGGUCUGGUAUACUGGACUUCACGUUCAACACGCGGCCGGACGUGUUUACUGCUGUUUCGGAGACGUAUGAGGGUUUGCCGACUAUGCAACUCGUGGACGACGAUCCUGCGGACGUGGAGAUGUUCUUGAAUGCUAUUUAUCGACCUGGCUAUUUGCAACAAGAGAUCGACGACCAUACAGACGCUGAGCUCGGUUUACUGCGUAUCCCACCCAGUUUUCCUGGCGUACUGCGUCUCGCUGAGAAGCUCGACGCGCCCAGAGGUGUAUUGCGGUCCGUUGCAAAGGCCUAUCAAGAGUUAUGGCCGUCGGAUAUGCACAAGUUCUUCGAAAGAGAGUACGCGCUGGGUGCAAGGGCUUGGGACAAUCUUCCUCACAUGGGCGAGGACACGCCUCUAGAACUGGACGGAGAAAACACCAGCGAUAUCAGCAAGUACUAUCCUGAUCCCGUGACGGCUUAUACACUGGCCAAGAAACAGCCGGCCAUACACAGCAUACUCCCCGUUUUGGCCUACGACAUUGCGCACGCACGGCGGCCGCCCGACAGCCCGCCCGAACCGCCCUUCACCCUCUUCCGGCAGUUCGACCUGACGCGUCUCUCGACGGAGGACAUGCAGAGCAUCGAGCGCGGGAUCAAGGCGUACCACGAGGACUGCAAGGACAAGUUCGGCUUUGGCAGCUUCAUGCUCGUCGGGUGGCCCGUGGACCGCUGCCGGCGCUCGCCGUACGCUAGAGAACCCAAGGAGCUCACUUGCUUCAACGGAAUGCAAGAGUUCUGGGCGCGCACGGUGGAGCCGUUUCUCGAACCGACUAAAGCUAUCGAUCUCAGAAGCUUCCCGAGAUCGUGCAGCGAACCGGACGUAUGCGCGUCGUGCGCUUCUGCGUUCAUUCAACAUCUGGAAAACGCGCGGUACGCGGUGUGGCACAAGUUACCUGGGUAUUUCGAUCUUGCUGGAUACGUCGAUUCUUCGUGGGGAGAAGUUUCAAGCUACGCGGAAAGGCCCGAUGGUUGGGAAGAUCUUCCUACGGAGUGGCAGAUCGAGAUUACUGCAAUAUGGAAUCCGGAGCAUGCAGAGUAUCUCCGCACGUUUAUGGAGAAUGCGGUGGCGCUGUAG